AUGUCUUUCGAUUCGAUUCCGAUCCUUGAUCUUUCGGCGGCCCGAGAUGCUGCGAAGAAACCCGGCUUCCUCAAUGAGCUGCGCCAUGCACUGCUAGAAGUCGGCUUCCUCUAUAUCAAGAACACCGGGAUCGAUGGCAAGUUGAUAGAAGAUGUCAUCGUUGAAGGGAAGAAAUUCUUUGACCUUCCGGUGGAGAAGAAGCUGGAAAUUGAGAUGAAGAAUGCCCCCAGUUUUCUUGGAUACAGCAGAUUGGGUGGUGAGAUCACCCGUUUUAAGACCGACUGGAGAGAGCAGAUUGAUCUCUCUACAAACCAUCCUGUUCCUGGUCCUUCUGAUCCGCUCUAUCACAAUCUACUAGCACCGAAUCAGUGGCCAGACGAGUCGUCUAUUCCUCGUUUUCGUCCUGUGUAUGAGGAGUACAUGGAGAGGAUGGGCGCUAUCAGCAUGGAAUUCAUCUCCCUGGUUGCAGAAGCAAUCGGCCUACCAGCUAAUGCCUUUGAUCGAUUCUUUGACAAAGACCAGCAACACAAGUUGAAGAUAGUCAAAUACCCUGAUUUAGAAGAGUUGGGAGUCGAUGGGGAAGCCCAGGGCGUUGGUCCGCAUAAAGAUAGCAUGCUCACGAGUUAUCUCCUUCAAGCAACGAAGCAUCGCGGUCUGCAGGUUCAGAACCACCGAGGCGAAUGGAUCGAUUGCCCCCCAAUAGAUGGCACUUUGGUUGUAGCUAUGGGCCAGGGGCUAGAGGCUAUUACCCAAGGAGUUUGUCAGAGUACAACCCACCGAGUACUAAGUCCAGCCCGUGGAGCUGGUGCACGAUUCAGCGUCCCCUUCUUCCAAGGUGUAAGCUAUGACGCCACAUUUGAAAGUAUGGAUGUGCCAGAACAAGUCAAGAAGCUUCGACAGGAAGUUAUCGAGAGGAAUGGGAUCCGUCAAGACGAUAUUGAAUUCACCUUUUCCAAGGGCCGCUGGGGCCAUCUUGGUGAAGCCACCCUGAUGAACCGCAUAAAGAGCCAUCCAGAUGUUGGCGAACGCUUCUAUCCUGCACUUCUACAGCAGAUUCGGGACGAACAGGCAAGGAACAAUCAGAUAACAGAAGCGCCUCAGGGGCUCAAAGUUCAAGUGUGA